AUAACAUUAGAAACUGAAACAGCAGAAACAAAAAAAAAACGGCAUGAAGAUCGUUCGCCAACGAAAACAGAUUAGCAGAAAAACGAUGCUUAGAGGUUAAAUUAACACAAAUCCCAAACUAUAAUCAACAAAUCUCCUAACUAAUCUCUCUAUUUAAUCUCUUUUGUAACGAAAGCAAAAAAUUAUAAAAAAUGCUCCACUCUCACCGCAGAUUCUCCGUAUCCAAUCUCGGGAUCUGAACGACUAAGGAUCUCCGGCGCCUUUCCUUUGAUGGGACAAUCGUCGUCGUUGACCGGAACUUCCAUCGCUCGGAGCUCCGGCGACGGUCACCGAUCGAGAUCGCUAUCGCCGGUUAAAUCUGACGGUUCGUCGGAUCACACGUGGCGAUUACCCGACGAGUGCUUGGUUUGCGUGUUUCAGUUGCUGAGCUCCGGUGAUCGGAAACGGUGUUCUCUGGUUUGCCGGCGGUGGAUGACGGUGGAGGCGCGAAGCCGUCACCAUCUCUCGCUCUACGCUAAAUGGGAUCUGUUCCCGGCAAUACCUUCCCUGUUUUCUCGAUUCGAUUCCGUCACGAAGCUUACGUUGAAAUGCGACCGCAGAUCUAUCAGCAUCGGCGACGAAGCGCUUAUCAGUAUUUCUUCCCGGUGUCGGAAUCUGACAAGGCUCAAGCUCCGGGGAUGCCGUGAGAUUACCGCCGCCGGCAUGAAGGGCUUCGUCGAGAACUGCAAGGGAUUGAGGACAUUCACUGUUGAAUCCUGUGAUUUUGGUUCCGAUGGCGUGAAGGUCGUGCUCGAUCACUGCUCGAAUCUGGAGGAGCUGUCGGUGAAGCGCCUCCGUCGAACCAUCGGCGAAGCUUGGAAACCGGUCGGACCAGGUGCAGCGGCAUCUUCAUUGAAGAUGAUUUGGUUAGAGGAGCUUUACCUCGGACACUGUUUCGGUCCGGUCAUCGCCGGUGCGAAGAAUCUCAGAACGCUAAAGCUUGUCCGAUGUUCCGGCGAGUGGGACGAGAUUCUGCAAGAGACGGCAGAACAGAAGCUUCCUCGUUUAGUGGAGAUUCAUAUCGAGAGAAUCAACCUGACAGAUCUUGCUCUUUCCAGAAUCUCUAAACGCUCAAAUCUCGAGAUUCUUCACCUUGUGAAAACCCCUGAAUGCACCAAUGUUGGAUUAGCCAUUGUUGCAGAGCAAUGCAGGUUCUUGAAAGAACUUCGCAUCGAUGGUUGGAGGACGACAUUGAUCGGCGACGAAGGGCUCGUGGCAGUGGCCGAGUUCUGUCCUCAGUUACAGGAACUGGUUCUGAUAGGGUUAAACCCGACAAAGACAAGCCUAAAACCGCUGUCCGCAAAAUGUCGGAAUCUUGAGAAACUAGCAUUGCAUUGUAGUAACACGGUAGGUGAUCUCGAGGUUUCUUGCAUUGCCCGGAAAUGCACAUCUUUGAAGAAGAUAUGCAUCAAGAACUGCCCGGUUUCCGACCUCGGGAUCAAAGCCCUGGCCGAGGGUUGCCCCGGUCUGGUGAAAAUGCGGGUCAAGAAGUGUAAAGGAGUGACGGGCGAGUGUUUGGGCUGGUUAGGCUCGGUUAGGCCAACACUUUCUGUGGAUAUAGAUGCCGCGGGAUCAAACCCUAAUCAUGGCGGGUUCGAAGAAGAUGGAAUAAAGUCCCCUCCUCUACACGCCCGAAUCGCAGGCUCGUGCAAAGGGCCGAGCAGUCACGACCGUUUAGGGUCUCUGAGAUCGCGGGUUCAGCUUUUUAGCAGGAGGAGACUAGCGGCUUGGACCUUGGGGCCAUGGUCACGCAGGUGAUGGCGGGUCAGCUUCUUCGGCACUAUGUUUGUAUAGUAAACGACCAAAUCACGAAUUCAUUAUCAACAAUAUGCUAUUGGGUCGUGAAAUUAUGAUAAUGUUUUUAUCCGUACGAUUGUCUGAGAUCAUGGAUCAAUAUGCAGAGACGUUACACACAAUCUCGAAAUUGACUAGUCAAACCAAAAAUCUUGGGUCCACAGUUAGGUCCGAGUGGAAGAAGACUGCACGAAACAAAGCACAGUUUCUUCCUGGAGUUC